AUGCUCACGAAGAAGGGACACGCUGCAACAGUAGUCGCCCAUAAUAUGGACUCAACACCUCCCCGCCCCAAAACCUCCGCGUCGCUCUCAUUCCUCGUCUCGCCCUCCUACUAUGACCUAAUCAUUCGACAGCCGCCAACUCCGUCCGCCUCGACCUUUCCAGACCCUUCCUCGACUGUCAGGCCACAAUCCAGCACCAAUAGCCCGAAACGCCUAUCCAUGUUCAGGAGUCGCUCGCGCAGCAACACCAACGCGUCCAGCGCGUCCUCCAGCCAGUCUCCGGACCUGCCAAUGGCCUCCCUUGACUCGUCCUCAUCCCGAAGAUCCUCCCAGGACGGCCGUACGUUAUCCUCUUUCUUUCUACCUGCCGACAAAGAUGGACUGGGAAAAUCAUUGAUGUCCCGCGGAAGUCGCAUGCUGAAGCGCCAGGGGAGCAAGUCCAGUCUCACGAGCUACUCGGCCUUUGAGCCGGAGGACGAGAUGUCCAGAGAGAAGUAUAGACGAGGCAGGAAUAAACGAAUUGUCAAAGAGAAGGAAAGAGUGGAAGGCCUGGGCAUAUUUCACCGCAUCCAUAAGCCGCGACACCAUGACAUGCACGAAUUCCUGAAACGAACCAUCUCUGAGCCGUUUGACUUUCAGCAUGUCACCCAUACCAACCAGAGCCAAUUACCUCCUGUCGAGUACACCCACCCCCAUGACCUGGCUGCUGAGCUUUCCAUUAUUCGAGCUUCUCAAAGACCAGGUGCAGAACUCAAGGGGAUCCGAGCAGAGAGCAUUUUUGACCGCAAUGUCUCCUCAGAAGAUAUAACAGGAACGAAUCUUUCAACCCUGGCGCCUGAUUCACAGUCAUUAUACACCAGGAGCCCUCCACGAUCGCCUACCCGCAUAGAGCGACGAAAACUGCCCAAUGAACAGGGUACCAAGCGAGCGUCUCGUUCAGUCGAGAAUUUCUCUCGCCCCGUAUCGAGAGCAAGCAAACUUACAUCAACGCCAUCUAUCACCCCCCCGCCUCGUAUUUCGUCAAAAUAUGCGUGCUCAAAACCUAUUGACCCAACGUCUCAGACUAUUGAUGCCCUCUUGGGUGUUGAACCAACAUCAGCAACUUUUGGCGAUUCUCGAUCGCCGCUCAAAGAAAAUGCAAUGGCACUGUCGCAGUUGCUCCAAUUCGAAUCUCCCGAACCACCUGAAGACGUUAUCCAUGCGGUCACGUGCGACGAUCAUUCCCCAGCCAUCCCUAGAACCUCUUCCUUUGAUCAUAUAUCUGGACUGGCAAAUAUCCCAGAGGAGAACGAGCUUGCGUGGCGCAAUAGCCACAUUUCUAUGUCUCCUAUCGUCAAGACAUCCCAAUUCCUGCAUCCGGUCAAAUCUGACCUUGACUACCGCCCGGAUAAUAUUCAUUCGCCAAUUAUCCCAGCGUUGGAGGAGAAAUGCAAAGAGCCAAAUCCCCAGAGCGAUCGCCUCCGUGAGCGAAACAUCUCUGUGAAAGUUCAGCAUAUCCUGGAGGACUCGUGGGAAGACGACAUCGACUAUUGCUAUGAGCAUGCAGCAGAAUCGAAUUCUAACUUUGAUUGGCAGCGGGUAUCCGUUGAAAACCUGGAGGAAGGCCUUGCUUCGCUCGCAAUUGGACAAGAUGGGUCGAUGAACGCGAACUAUGGUAGUCUUCGGACAUUUAAAUCAUCUGAGGAGAUACCAUAUAGUGGACCAGCUUCAACUAUACAGGGCAAUACCUGUUUUGCAUUACCUAACAAUGCAUGUGCUGAUCAAAAUAUAUCCGAUUCUUUUUUUCCAAACGGACAAAAAUCCCGCAAGUACAAGCCAGACCCGUUCCAAGACUUCGGGCCCUCUUUUGAUGACAGGCUGUCACCUUUGCAAAUGUACGGAGGCAUGAUGCCCAAUAUACAGGAGAGCGAUGAAGAAGUCGUUUAUGCUCAGCUGGACGAUCAACUUGUAUCCGCCGGCCGUAGCUGUUCACCCCUUAGCAAAUGCAACUCACAAGAGAGCAUGAUCCUUGCUCGAGCUGCAUCCAGCGCCCGAAAACAUCGUUCUUCUACAUCAACAAAUAGCGUUCCGGACUUGAUUCAUAGUCCCAGCAUUAGCCGCGAAGCCAUUGGGCGUGAUAAUGCGAGCCCAAUGGCUGACCAAGGCAAACACUUCGUCCCUCGGUCACCUGUAGCGACCGCUCAGUCUCAUGGCACCUAUUUCCCUCGGGACGCCUAUGCCACGUCGCUAUCCCCUAGCGAGGCUCAGACUGCCGAUAAACAGUUUGUUUCGUUUCACGACCGUGCUAAAUCGGAAUCCACCAUCGACUCCGUCGGGAGCGGCAUGUCGACUAAAUCUCAGUCCAGUGUGCCGGGAAGAAAACGUUCGUCAACUCUCACUCGCGGCGCUGCCAAUCGCAAGACUCGUACUUCGUACUCUCUCUUCCCUACGGCACCGUCUUCAAGCCCGACAACGCCACCAACACCAAAUGCUAACUCCAAAUAA